AUGAUUGAUGAACUAAAUGAUGGAGGAUCUCCUAUAAUCCUAAAUUUAAAUUAUGAUGAAGAAAAGAUUAAAUUCCUCGAUGUGGAGAUAUGUAGAUUGAUUGGUAAGAUUGGCUUCACUUUGUAUAAGGAACCUUCGGACCGGAAUACCUUAUUGUAUUCAACCAGCUGUAAUCCCCCCGCGCUGAAGAAUUCCUCACCAGUUUCUCAGUUUCUUAGAGUACUGAGGAACAAUUUGGAUGACGUGAAACGAGACUUACAAAUAGAGACGAUGCGUAAAGUCUUUUUGGAAAGGGGAUACCACAAACAAACAUUGAAGAAAACCCUUGAACGAGCCUAUGAAAUUUUUUUAAAAGGCUCCACCCGUACAAAGAACACUCAAAUUACGAUCCCAAUGACGUUUCAUUCAGCAAGUGGGAACAUCAUAAAGUGUAUUAAGAAACGAUGGGCAAAAUUAUCAACAGAAAAAAAACAUUGA